AUGGCGGCAACCACCAAAAGACUCGACGAUUCCCUGUUGUCUGCCCAACGCGGCUUGCUUAUGCGAGCCGUGUUCGGGCAGGCCCUGACCCUCUUCCUCAAGGACGAGAACAAGGGGAAAGACACCCGCGACAAGAUCGUCGGUAUUAUCAGUACACUGAGCGACCACAUCCUCGAGAAGCACCCCGACAGCGGCCUCGUUGCCGCUUUCUCCGCCAAGCUAUGGGGCGAAUGGGAAGGCCGGUCCAUCCCCAUCAGCACGAAGAACAUCGAUCGUUUCAAGAAGUUCACCCUUGAUCAGGGUGACGUCCUCAUCUUCGUCAAGGCUCCUAACCACGAGACGGCGAAGGAAAUCGUCAGUACCGUGUAUGAUCAGCUUCAUGCCUUGUCGAAAAACAUUGAGCAAGUCAAGAUGGGCAAACGCAAAGACACCAGGAUCAUGGGUGGACGCUAUGUGGACGGUAUCACCAACCCCAACGACCCCAUCAGCCUGGCCGAGGACAUUUUGAUCGCCGAGAAAGAGCGUGGCGGAGUUACCGGGUCCUGCUUCGGAUUCACGCAGAAGUUCGAGUUUGACUGGCCGGGCAUCGCCACCCAGGCCGCCGACACGCAGGAUGAGAUGAUCGGACGCAACCCGGACGGUGCCGCCCUGCCGCAGCAUGCCGUCCACUCGCACGUGCACCGCGCGGCGAUCCGGAACAAAAACAACGACCAGCUCAAACUCCUCCGUCAGGCGUUACCGUACGGCUCGGAUGACAACCACGCCGGCCGGGAGAAGGGCAUCAUGUUUGUCGCCUUUUGCAACGACCAGCAGCGUUUCGAAGACAUCCUCCAGAACCUGAUCGGCGAUUACCCCGAGAGGCCGGUCGACAAACUCAUGACGGUGGUGCACGGAGUCUCCGGGAGCUACUGGUACGUGCCCUCCGCCGCCGAGUUGAAGGUGGCCAACGUGACAGGACCCGAGGAUGUCUACGAGGACCCCCAUUGGGAUGUGACCAGCCCAAACGACUAUCUCUUCUACAACUCGCAAGACUACCUCCACAGGAUGUCCGAGGGUCGGUACAAAGAAAAAGACCCCCCUAGCCGACGUCUGCUCAGCUUGAUGGCCAGGACCUUUUCGCAUUGGCGUGACUCCUGGAUGAAGAAACAGGUCUUUCCGCGACUGCCACACCUGAGAACGCUUGUCGACCCUGGCGACGCGGACAAGCUGGUGGAGGUUCCGGUCCCUGUGCGGAAAGGGAUGGCGAACAAAGAAACCUUGGCCCGAUUGCUCUCGGAUCCAAAGAACGAAGAGGCCCGCGAAAAUGGCCUGCUCCGGAUCGAGGCCAAGGAACUCAUCGUCGGCGUCAUCCCGGAUUUCACCCUCGGUCGCGGUAAGGAAGUGGUGCCCUAUCUUUCCGAGGACGAGACCAUGGCUGCCUGGCUGAAGGGUCAGCUCAACGAGUGGUCAGCCAUGGGCCACAUCGUGCCAGGCUACGAGCUCCUCGUCAAGGAUGGACUGAAGAAGAUGAUCACGGACCUGGACAGCAAGAAAAAGAGCCUCCAGAACCCGAACGAUGCCACAGGAAGCUUCUAUGAGUCUUGCAUCCUUUCUCUUAAGGGUGUUCAGGGCUAUUUGCAGAACUGGGCCACGAUUGCCGAGCAGGCAGCUGAAGACGCAGAAAAGGCGUUGGCUCCAGAUGAUGCGGCCAACAUGAGACGUGUGGCAGCCAGGCUGAAUCGCCUGGUCGACACCCCCCCCGAGAGCUUCCAAGACGCCGUCCAACUCAUCUACUCGUUCCACUGCUGUCUGCACCUCGUGGGAGAACUGACACCGUUUGGACGUCUCGAUCAGAUCCUGUACCCCUUCUUUGCACGGGACAAGGGCAAGGAGCAUGAAGACCCACAGGAGGUCAUCGACUGUCUCUGGGUCAAGAUUGGGGAAAACGCCUUCGUCAACCGCGCCUUCAUCUACGACUACGUGACGUACGGCACCACAGCGGUCUGCGGCAUGGGUGGCAACUUUCCGCAGGGCGGCGGCAUCAACCAGUGGGUGCAGCAGAUCACGGUCGGCGGCUACAAGGCAACGGACAGCGUCGAUCCCGAGUGCGGCGCGAACGAGGUGACAAUGCUCUGCCUCAAGGCAGCCCGGCGCAUCCCAGUCAACGCGCCGACCCUCUCGCUGCGUGUGCACAAGGACAUUCCCGCUAAGUACCUCGACGAGGCAGCCAAGGGGAUCCUGUCAGGCGGCGCGCAGCCGAUCCUGUACAACGACGACAAGCUGUGCCCUGCACUAAAGGACUCGGCCACGGCCGGCGUGGUCGACCUGAAGUGGUCGCGUGACUACGCCGCCGAUGGCUGCUACGAGCCCAUGCUGGCGGGCGCGUCCGAGUUCACUUUCAACAACGUGGCGCCGAUGCUAGCGCUGGAGCAGACCCUCAACGAGGGCGCCACCUACGGCGCGGCCGGUCCGGAGCAGCUCCGCGGACUGAAGCAGACGUUCCGGUCCAAGCCGGCCAAGGAGUUCACGAGCUUCGAGGACCUCAAGCAGACGUUCGUGAAGCAGCUCGAGUGGCUCGUCGUGCAGUGCUACAACAUCAUGCUCGAAGGUUACGGAAACCUCGCCAACAUCUGCCCCUCGCCGUUGCUCUCGGUCUUGAUCCAGGGCUGCGUCGAGAAGGGCCGCGAUCUGACCAACGGCGGGUCCAAGUUCCACAUCAUGGCGCCGCUGUGCGUGGGCAUCUCCAACACGAUCGACUCGUUGUACGCCAUCAAGAAGCUGGUCUUCGACGAGGACACUGCCCGUGUCACCCUCCAGGAGCUGGUCAAGUGUCUCAUCUGUGACUGGGGCCACAACAUGAUUGAGCCGUUCGAGAACCAGCUCUCAGGGACGGCCGACGCGUCAGAGCGCGGGCUGCGCUACUCGGAGCUCCGUGACGCCGCCAUGGCACUGCCCAAGUGGGGAAGUGGUGACAAGGAGGUCGAUGACCUUGGUGACUGGCUGGUCAAAACCUGCGUCAAGCUCUGCGUCGACGCAAUCCGCGAGCCCAACGCCACCAUCAAGGGGAAACUCGAUACCAUCAAAGGGACUUAUGGCAAAGACUUUGAGUUCGUCAUCUGCCCCGGCAUCGGUACCUUCGAAGGCUACGUAGGCGACGGAAUCCCCUGCGGUGCCUCGGCCGACGGCCGGCGCAGCGGUAUGCCCAUCGCCUCGGACCUGUCCCCGGUCCCGGCGGCGCAGGAUCUCCCGGCGAGCCCGGUGUUCCGCAACAUCUACCAGGCCAUGAAGGCGACCAAGUACAAGAGCAUCGAGCACGGGCUGUCCAACGCGUCGCCUGUCGACAUGAACAUCUCCGAGGCGUUCCCGCUAGGCGAGCUACAAGAGUUCAUCAAGGAGUACGCCGCCGGCAGGGUGGGCAGCAACCUGAUCACGCUCACGUGCGCCGACCUCGACACGUACCAGAAGUCGGUCAAGGACCCGGAGAAGUACAACCUGGUGCGCGUCCGCAUGGGCGGCUGGACCGAGUUCUAUGCCACCAUGUUCCCGGCGCACCAGGACCAGCAGCAGCGCAGGCAGUACUUCACUCCUGAUUCUGACAAGAGGGGGGGUCCGUCGGGGAAGGCCACCCAGAAGGAUGAGGACGCUCGCCAAGACGCAGCGCCGAAGCCGAUGGUCAUGUUGAACCAGCAGGAGGUGAAGAGCUGA